AUGUGUAAAUUGUUUGAUCUCAUAUUCUGUGUAAAUAGUGAUUGUUUGUUCCUACAAUUCAAUGUUCUGCUAUUAUUAUCAACGUUUACCAUUGUCCAUUGUACAAUUAUUUACCAUAAAAAGAUAUUUGAUCGACCUGUCUCAUGUCCACGUCUGUUCAAAUCGCUGAUUACUUGUGAAUGUGCUCAUGAUAACGAAAAUCGCAUUGGAAUCGAUUGUGGUUCUCGACCUAUUCAACAGUUGCCCCGAUCAUGGAGAACAAUCACUCAUGUUUAUAGAAAUAAAACCAGCGAACUGCAACAACAACAACAACAAACUGUCGACUUUUACUCUCACAGUAAUAUCAAUACAUUUACUCAAUCCGUUGUUUAUCUCAAUUUAUCUAACACAAAUAUUUCAUCAUUAAAAUCGGAUGAGUUCCAUGGUCUUUAUCAUUUGCAAGUACUAUCAAUUGAAAAUACACCAUUAAAUGAAAUUCGAGCUCAUAGUUUUCGUCACUUAACACAAUUAGAUGUACUGAGAAUUGAACGUAAUUUAAAUUUAAUCGAAUUAAACGCCUAUUCAUUGAGUGAUCUUCAUAAUACGCGUUUAAUAUCGUUAACCGCAAACGGGAUACGCAUUAUUCAUUCUGAAGCAUUUCGUAAUACACAUUUUAUUAAUAAACUUGAUUUAAGCGACAAUCCAUUAGAGGUAGCAUCAAUCAAAUGUAAAAUAAAAAGCAUCGAACCAUUAGCAUUUUUUGGUUUCAAUCAAUGCAGCAAUCUUUCGAUCGUUGGACUGACAACACCUAUCGAACCACAGUCGUUUUCAUAUAUGAUUAAAAUUAAAACAAUUGAUUUAUCCAACGGACAUGUAACUAAAAUUAGACAAUACGCAUUCGAUCAUUCAGAAGAUAUUGGUGAAAUUAAUCUUUCUAAUUCGUUUGUUAAACAUAUCGAACCUGGUGCAUUUAAUAUAGUGGUCAAUUUUACAUCACUUAACUUGCGUGCAAAUCUUAUUAGACAUUUGUCUCGUGACGUAUUUGAAAAUAUAACUGCUCAAAUAAUUGACUUGAACGAUAAUCCGAUACAAUGUGAUUGCUCGUUUAAAUGGUUUUUAAAAUCUACGACAUUGAUACAAGCUUCUUAUUUGUUACCGGAUACAUGUGCCGGCCCCGAUGGACCCAACAUUGGCCUGCGCGACGAAUUUAAAUAUUAG